GCGUGCCCGCCUACGAGGGCGUGUCCGGGGCCGGGGGCCCAGAAGCGGAAAGGCGCACUUCCCGGCGGUGACUGGGCUGCGGCGACCGCGAAGUGGCGGCAGGGGGUCGCGGUGCAGCCCUGGCAGAGACGCGUGCGCGGCUGGGGGACUCAGGGAGACGCAGGGCCCGGCGCCGGACGUUGUGUGUCUCCCCCCGGAUUCGGGCAGGAUGAAGCCUGCAGCCGCUCGCAGCCUGCUCCUGUGCGCCUUGUGCCUGGCGAUGUGCCGCGUGGGCGGCGCGAGCAGUGACAACCAUGAGUGGAAAAAGCUAAUUAUGGUUCACCACUGGCCCGUAACAGUGUGCAAGGAAGUUGGAAAGGACUGCAGAGACCCUCCGGACUACUGGACGAUACACGGAUUAUGGCAAGCCCUUAGUGUGAUUCCGAUGCCUGACAAAGCGGAAGAGUGUAACAGAUCGUGGCACUUUAACUUCCAAGAGAUUAAGGAUCUCCUGCCGGAAAUGAAGAUGUACUGGCCUGAUGUGCUCCAUCCGCUAAAUCACAGCCAUUUCUGGCAGCACGAGUGGGAGAAGCACGGCACGUGUGCGGCCCAGGUGGACACCCUCAACUCUCAGAAGAGAUACUUCGAGGGAGGCCUGGACCUGUACCAGAAGCUGGCGCUUAACAGCAUGCUCCAAAAGUUGGGAAUAAAGCCGUCUAUCAAUUACUACCAGAUUUCAGACAUUAAAGACGCCCUUGCCAGCAUAUAUGGAGUCAUCCCUAAAGUCCAGUGCCUUCCACCAGAAUCGGGUGAGGAGGUGCAGACCAUCGGCCAGAUAGAGGUGUGCUUCACCAAGGGGCUGCAGCUACGCAACUGCACAGAGCCCGGGGAGCCCGAGGAGCCCGCGUCCCGCCGGCCCGGAGCGGGGGGCCCGGGGCUGGAGGUCUGUGAGGACGGCCCCGCCUUCUACCCCCCACCGGACGAGACCCGGAAACACUGAAAAGCGGGAGAGUCACAGACGGCCGCGUGUCUACAAGCAGCUCCAGAGCGGAAGUGUCUGUUCACGGCCGUCCCUCCCGGGAGCCUGUCUGUUUCGCCGUCUUCGCGGCCGGGAGCCGAUCCGCAGGCCCCGCAGGGCCGGGUGCAGCGUGGGGACACAGAGGGGAGGCAAUGGCUUAGGCCUUCGCCCGCUCUGCGGUUGGAAUAAAGGAUACAGAUUUUC